AUGGGAGAUGUUGUGGUGAGGGGUGGGGGGGGGUGUGGUGGGGGGGGGGGGGGGGGGGGGGGGGGGGGGGGGGGUGGGGGGUGGGGGGGGGGGGGGGUGGGGGGGGGGGUAUGGGGGGGGGGGGGGGGGGGGGGGGGGGGGGGGGGGGAGGGUGGGGGGGGGGGGGGUGUGGGGGGGGGGGGGGGGUGGGUGGGGGGGGUGGGGGUUGGGGGGGGGGGGGUUGUGGGUGGGGGGGGGGGGGGGUGGGGGGGAUGGGGGGGGGGGGGGGGGGGGGUGGUGGGGUGGGGUGGGGGGUGGUUGGGGGGGGGGGGUGGGGGGGGGGGGGUGUGGGGGGGGGGGGGGGGGGUGGGGGUGGGGGGGUUGGGGGGGGGGGUGGGGUGGGGUGGGGGGUGGGGGGGGGGUGGGGGGGGGGGGGGUGGGGGAGGGGGGGGGGGGGGGGUUGGUUGUGGGGGGGGGGGGGGGGGGUGGGGGUGUGGGGGUGGGUGGGGUGGAGGGGGGGUGGGGGUGGGGGUGGGGGGGGGGUGGGGUAGGGUGGGGGUGGGUGGGUGGUGUGAUAUGAGGGUUUUUGGGUUUGGUUGUGGAGGAUUUGAUUGUGUUAUUUGUUUAGGGGGGGUUGAGUGUUGGGGUGGGGGGGGUGGGUUUGGAGGAGUGUGA